AUGGCCCUAAGUUUUUUCAGUGGUGGGGGCAGUGCAAGUCAUGCGAAGUACUUCGAUAUCCGUGCACACUUGAGCGGAAAGCUUCUUCUUUGCUUAUCAGAGCCGUUGUCGAUCAAGCAUAUUCGGCUUCACCUCACUGGUAUAUCGCGAGUUUGCUGGCAUUUGCCAUCCAGUUCUGCUGGCGGUGGUAGGAAAUCGUGGAGGGAACGCGUUAUCUAUGAAAAGACAUGGAGAUUCAGAGACCCAGGUAAAGGCAAAACGGAAAUUUUGCCUGCCGGCAACUAUGAAUAUCCUUUCAACCUCGUCCUGGAGGGCAACAUGCCAGAAAGUAUCGAGGGUCUCAGCGAUACCUAUAUCACCUACCGAUUCAAAGCUGAAAUAGGACGCAAAUAUGCGAAGGAUAUUAUUGUCCGGAAGCCAUUGCGUAUCAUUCGGACUUUGGAGCCUAGUGCUCUCGAACUGGCUCAUGCUAUGUCGGUGGAGAAUAUUUGGCCCAACAAGAUCGAGUACUCGAUCAGCACACCAACAAAAGCCGUUAUCUUCGGAACCAGCAUCCGAGUUGACUUCAAACUUAUCCCACUACUUAAAGGCCUCACAAUCGGACAGAUUGUCUCUCAACUCAUCGAGAGCCAUGAUCUCACCCUCAAUCCUGAAGAUCCUGACAGUAUCCGCAACACGUACAAGAACACGCGAACUAUCUUGAACGACGAGUUUGAACUGGAUCAUGAUAAUGCCUUGGAAAUUAUUGAUGAAGCGGCAGAGGGCUAUCAAUUCUCGCGUUAUUUGGAUCUCCCUAAAACUCUGACAAGGUGUCUGCAAGAUACGGAUACGAAGGGUAUCAAGGUCAGACAUAAGCUGAAGUUCCGCGUUCAGUUGAUGAAUCCAGAUGGGCACAUUAGCGAGCUGCGAGCUACGCUUCCUGUGUCGAUAUUUAUCUCUCCCAACCUCGCGAUCGACGAGAACAAUAACCUAGUCGACCAGACUCCGCAAUCCGCUCAACGGGCAAUCAACGAUAUCGCUCAACAGGCACCCCCGUUCGAGCUUGACCCUAAUGGUUACCGUACUCCGGGACCUGGAAGUGGCCCCGGCACACCUUUUGGCACUCUCAGCCGCAACCUCUCUGCUGAAAACCUCGCUUCUAUGAAUGCUUUGACGAACACCGACAUCUCCGCUUCUGCGCUACAUAGCCGUCUAUCAAACCUCUCAAACCUCAAUAUCACUCGACCCCAUCAGCCAUCGCCCACCGACCAUGAGUCUCAGAACGACAGCGAACACCGACGUCUAGGAGUUCCUGCAGAUUACUUUGGGCCGUCAUCGGGUUCUAAUUCUCACAGCCCUUCGAGCCCGGUGCUCUCGCGGCGACCCUCUGAUGAAGUUGACCAUGAGCACGUUCCAUCCGGAAUGGCCACGCCAUUCCAUCCUCAGUAUGCGGAAGUGGAGACUCUGAGCCGUGUUCCGAGCUAUUCGACCGCAGUCCGUACAACGAAGACAUUCCCGUUCCGCCACCUCUCCAGUCACCUCAGCAAGCCCAUAUCCGAAAUGCUGGGCGCGGAUCUAGCCAACUCUUCUCUUCCCUGGAUAUUCUUCAUCAUCGGCCGGGCCUUGGUCACUCUCACUCCUCUAGUCACGAUGAUGAAGACCGAAGACUGCGACUCGUUCAAGCUCGGGCUCGAGUCUAGAAUCAGGACAGAGGCCGCUUCACCUGCAUAG